AUGGCCACCGACGUCGCCUUAGAAACCACGAUGGGCACGAUCCUCGUGGAGCUCUACACCUCCCACGCGCCGCGCACCUGCGAAAACUUCUCCACCCUCGCAACGCGCGGCUACUACGACGGCACCAUCUUCCACCGCAUCAUCAAGGACUUCAUGGUGCAAGGCGGCGACCCGACAGCCACAGGCCGCGGCGGCAGCAGCAUCUACGGCGAGAAGUUCGAGGACGAGAUCCGCGACGACCUGAAGCAUACGGGCGCGGGGAUUCUCAGCAUGGCCAAUGCCGGGCCCAACACGAACGGCAGCCAGUUCUUUUUGACGCUCGCGCCGACGCCUUGGCUGGAUGGGAAGCAUACUAUUUUUGGGCGGGUGAAGAAGGGGAUUCGGGUGCUGCAGCGGAUGGGGUUGGUGCCUGUGGAUGGGGAGGAUCGGCCGAAGACGGAGGUGCGCAUUGUUCGGGCUUUUGUGGUGGGUGAGGGGGAAGAGAUAUGA